UCUAAGCUAACGGGAACGAUAAGCCCAACUAAAUUAAACCCAUGGAUCUCAUCCUACGGGCAGGACCCUUUUUGGGAACUCGGUUUCCAUCGAGCCCACGCAUUCAGCGUAUGCGACAGUCACAGACAGAGACAGGGCAGCCGCCUCCGUCGCCGCCAUCCUCUUUCCACUACCAUCGCCGUGAAAUCUCCCCAAAGCCCUCGCAAGCCGGUGUUUCCAAUGCACACUGGAACCUCGCUGUCCCGCUUAACCAGUUCGGUCAGGAAGUUCCUCCUCCCCCUGGUUGCCGCUGGCACCGUCACCACCGCCGCCGCGACGUUCCACGCCUCGAGAUUCACAGUUCCUCCAGGCCAUCGAGCCGUGAUUUUGGACAGAUUGCACGGAGUGAGCGGAACCUCUAUCGGCGAAGGAACUCACUACACAGUUCCCUGGAUCCGGAAGCCCUAUAUCUUCGAUGUGCGCGACAAACCUCAUACAUUCUCCUGUCUCGCCCACACCAAGGAUCUCCAGCCCGUCAAUCUCUCCCUUGCCAUUUCUCUCCGUCCAGAGUUGUCGAAAUUGCCGGAGACCUUCAACCAUUUGGGGCUUGACUACGACGAGAAAUCCCUCCCUGCGAUCUGCAGCGAGGUACAAACCAUAGUCGCCAAUUACGACGUCGAUCAGCUUCUCCUCAAGGAGAAUAAUAGCGGCGUGUUGGACGAUAUCCAUGGCUCUCUUGUCGAGCGUGCAAAGCGAUUCAAUGUGCUAGUAGUUGAUAUCUCGGUUUUAGAUGUUUCUUGUGGCGAACAAGUGGCUCAGGCUGUUGAGCAGAAGCAAGUGGCGAGGGUCGAAGCUGAGACGUCCAAGAACCUUGUGGUGAAGGCUGAACACGACAAGGAGGCUGCGGUUAGGAGAGCAGAAGAGGAAUUAGAGGCUGCCAAGCAGUUCGCCGAGUUACCAGAGGAUGUUCAUGAACAGCUACUAGCACAAUCGAGGGCUGAGGCGCAGAGGGAAGUUGAUAAGGUUCUUGCCAUGUUCGAGGAUGCCGCCAACAGUUCGAGAUCAUCGGUGGUGGACGCAUCUAAUCCAAGCAGCUGAUCAAAGGGUGCUCCAAAACUCUUGCUCUUGCUCAGUGGGUUAAUUAAUGGCAAGUGUCACAGUGGUGUUUGUUAUGGUAAGUGAAAAUUAGGAAUCUUACUUGGAAAUUGCUCUGCAAAUGUUCUACUACAAGGAACAUGAGUGAAGUAUAGUUGAGAAGGUGAAAUCGGCAAGCAUCACAGCAAGUUGGGCUUCACUUCUUUUCAGCAUUUUAUUCCCUUUCUUGGUUUUUUGGGAUGGUGUUAACAGUCCGGCAGCAAGGGAAACUUGAGGCUGGAACGUUUUGACGAGACUUCUAAAUCUAAUGUCUGACGGUAAUGUAUAGAUAGAUGGACAACGAGGCAUUGUGAGCUAUUUCAGCCAACCCGUAUACUGAACAUGUUCAGUAGAGGAAAGGAAUUGCCCGAACUGAAAAUAAACGAACC